AGGAAAGACACUGCUGAUCCUGUAACAUGGAGGAUUGCCUUCAUACCUCAUCUGAGAAUCUGUCCAAGUUGGUCAGCUGGGCCCACAGCCAUGGGACUAUUUGCAGCCUCAUCCCAAACCUGAAACACUUGCUUUCGGAAGGUUCCCAUGGGAACCUGACUGCGAUGUGGGGCUGCAGUGCCGGGCACGCUUACCACUGGCCACUGACAGCUACUUGCAGAGCUGGGUCCCAAGAAAGGGUGUGUUUCCAGGAUAACCGAAGUUUUAAUUCUGAUAGUCCCAGCAUAAUCGGUGUACCGUCUGAGACACAAACAAGCCCUGUUGAAAGGUACCCUGGGCGUCCAGUGAAGACCAAGCUAGACUGCAAUCGGACCAGAGACUCCUGUGACUUCUCUUACUGCAGCGAGCCCUCUGAGCUGGACGAAGCUGUUGAAGAAUAUGAAGAUGACAACACCCUGUUUGACAUGGUUUGUGAGUCUUCAGUAACAGAUGAAGAUAGUGACUUUGAACCCCAAACCCAAAGACCUCAAAGCAUCACUCGAAAAAGGCCUGGAUUAGUCCCAUCUUCUCUCCACUCAAGCUCCCAGACUCAGAUGGUUGAUGAAUGUAGCAAUGAUGUCAUUAUUAAAAAAAUCAAACAGGAGAUUCCCGAAGAUUAUUACAUUGUGGCCAAUGCAGAGCUGACAGGAGGGGCAGAUGGGCCAGCCCUGUCCUUGACACAGAUGGCAAAACCCAAGCCUCAGACCCAUGCUGGCCCCUCUUGUGUGGGGUCGGCUAAGCUGAUUCCCCACGUAACAUCUGCCAUUGGCACCGAGCUUGAGCCUCACGGUGUGUCUGCAUCCCCCUCUGUGAUGUCCAGACCGGUUGUUCAGAAGACUGCCAGGGUAUCACUGGCCUCGCCAAACAGAGGACCUCCUGGAGCCCAUGGCACUAGCCAGCAGAUGGCCAUGCAGAUGCCUGUGAGCACGUCUCACCCCAACAAACAGAUCAGCAUCCCUUUGUCUGCCCUGCAGCUGCCUGGACAGGAUGAGCAAGUUGCCUCUGAAGAGUUCCUGCCCCACUUGCCUGGCCAGGUCUCCUCCUGUGAGGUAGCCCUCUCCCCCUCCGUUAACACAGAGCCAGAAGUGAGCUCCAGCCAGCAGCAGCCUCCCGUCGCGCCGACCAUAACCACCGAGGCCACAGCACAGUGCAUACCAGCCUAUUCUACUAAGCUCAACAAAUUUCCUGUAUUUAAUAUUAAUGAUGACUUGAAUGAUCUGUGUACCAGUGCAGUAAGCCCAAACACCACCAAAGCCACACGCUAUGCCCUGAACGUGUGGCGAUACUGGUGUAUGACCAACGGGCUCAAAGACCAUACGGACAUCACCAAGAUCCCCGCAGUGAAGUUGAACGAGCUGCUGGAGAACUUUUAUGUCACUGUUAAGAAGAGCGACGGCUCAGACUUCCUGGCUACCUCGCUCCAUGCCAUUCGCCGAGGCCUGGACCGCAUCCUGAAGAAUGCAGGUGUGGGCUUUUCCAUCACCAGCAGCACCUUCAGUUCUUCCACCAAGAAACUCAAGGAGAAGCUGUGGGUGCUGAGUAAGGCAGGGAUGUCAGGAGCACGGUCGCGCAACAUCGUCUAUUUCUCCCUCUCUGACGAAGAAGAGAUGUGGCAGGCUGGGUGUCUAGGGGAUGACAGUCCCAUCACUCUCCUGUCCACGGUCGUCAAGUACAACAGCCAGUACCUGAACAUGCGGACGCUGCAGGAGCACGCCGACCUGAUGUAUGGAGACAUCGAGCUGCUCAAAGACCCCCAAAACCAGCCCUACUUUGCCCGGACAGAUAGUGUCAAGCGGGAGAGCCGGAGUGGAUCCACGAGAGUGUGCCAUGGGAAGAUCUAUCACGAGCACUCCAGGGGCCACAAGCAGUGCCCUUACUGCCUCCUCUACAAAUACAUGUACAUCCACCGGCCACCCACCCAGAUGGAGGCCAAGUCCCCUUUCUACCUGACGGCCAGGAAGGAGGCCACAGACAUGGGCAGUGUGUGGUACGAGGAGCAGAGGAUGGGGCUGCGGUCCCUCCGGGGAAUUGUCCCAAACUUAGCCAAGAAGGUCAAGCUGGAAAACUGUGAGAACUUCACUUUUGUCUCCUUUACUCAGGUCUCCAGGAGGCUCGGCUCCCACAGCUGCUGCCAGUGAGUCUUCCCUCCAUGCAGGCCAAGGCCCGAGUUCUGAACCCGAGUUCUGAGGCGGCUGGGAGGACCAUGACUUCAUGGGCAGGCUGGUCGGCGUCCAUGUGACCUGCUGUUCCUUUGACUUUUGAGAUUUUUAACUGAACGUAGAUGAGUCUCAGUGAUUCGGAUGGUUUCUCCAAAUGCUUGUCACCUUUGCUAAAUUAUAGAAUCUAAUACCAUGUGUAAUUGCUACAUACACAAGAGUGAGGCAGUUCAUUUUAUCUAGUGCCUUUUUAGCACAGAUUUUCCUCAAAUGAAAAAAGAAAAAGCCCUGGUUAAGUAGUCAUAAAAAAAAAAAAAUCCCAGUAGCCUCGUAGCUUUAGAAUGUUAUGAAGACUCUCUACGCUUUGUGGAAUUAACACUCGUAAUUAGGAACUAGAAAGAGGCAGACGUGUUAACUAUUUCCAGGAGAAAAAUUGCACUUGCCACUGCUUUCUAUUUUGCUGAUGCAUCUGUGGGUUCCCGGCGCCCCGUAGCCUCCCUGAGUGAAAGAUGGCGACGCUGCGGUCAGCCGCACCAAGGGCUCGGAUCACCGGCGUGAACUUGAUUUCUUAAAAAAAAAAAAAAAAAGUGUACCAAAAGGUGUUUGUGAGGACAAGGUUUCCAGUGAACUAUGUUUGUACCUUGAGGGGAUUUCCAAUGGUGAAAGGACUUGGUGGCUUGGAAAAGCAAUCUGUGAUCAAAAUGUGAAAAACCUGAAGCGGAAGUGCCUACAUCUUAUUUCUUAGCACCAUGUGAAAACUAUUUUCACUUGAACAAAUUUUUUUUUUUUAAUUCUUUGUGUCCUGCAGUUGUUCUGUCAGCAUAGCACACUGAAUCUGUACAGCCAUUUUCAGGUU